AGGGGUCCAGCUAGGGUUUCAAUCGCAGUGCUAGGAUUAUACCUCCGCCGACGUAAGGGUUGAGACGGUCCCUGUGUCAAGGAGCUCCCUCAGCCUUGUGUGCUAUGGCGCCAGGGACAUUUCCUUCUGUUUUAUGUUUCCUUUUCUCCCCUCUAUUAUCUAGACGAUCCUCGUUUAUGAUCGUCUGUCCGUUUCUUUCCCAUUGUUCAUUAGAUUAGUACGGUGUUGCUGGUGUGGCCUAAUUUCAGCGAUUUUUAUUUUUUUUUAUUUUUCGUUCAUUGACGCUGCUAUUUGGCUGUUCAUAUUAUUUCUCAAAAAGAGCGAUAGUUCAAGAUGUUUUCAAGCUUAACUACGAAACUGGCGAUGAAGAAGGUCGGGUUGUCUAGCGAUGCUCUCGAUUUCUCUUCAUCAAAACCUAGCAAACCCAGCGAUGGUUCCUUGCCUGGUCUCGACGAUCUGGAAGAGCCAAGUUCUGGGUGGCCAGCGUGGAUGAGUACUAAGAAACUCCCGCUCACAGCACAGGCCUGGUUAUCGCCCGUGCCUCCACCAGUUCCCAUCGCCGAAUGCCCUAAGCCCGGAGACCUGGCCCCUCUAGACCGAGAUCGCCAGCUCACCUUUGGCGGCGGAAAGCCCGUUAUAGUGCUCUUCCUGCGUUGCGUCGGAUGUGCUUUCGCACAAAAAUCCUUCUUGGCCUUCCGAGACCUUGCAAUCAAGAACCAAGGCAGACUCACCUGCAUCGCGGUGUCACAUUCCUCGCGCGAAGCGACGUGGAAAUGGGUUGACAUGCUGGGCGGCGCGUGGAACGUGGAAGUCGUCAUCGACGAAGACCGCGCCAUCUACGCCGCAUGGGGGCUCGGCCUGUCGAACUUCUGGUACAUGUUCAACCCCACGACGCAGGUACAGGGCUGGAAGGAGAAGGGUUGGCUCGGUAUAAAAGUGGCGAACUCCCUCCAGCGGACGGGGACUCUGAAGCAGGACGGGACAACCAAGGAUGCUACUAGUGCCGCUGCCGCGGGCGUGGGAGGCGCGCCAGGGGCAAGCGAGGGGCCGUCAACGGCGCUAGGGAAUAAGUGGCAGCAGGCUGGCCUGUUUGCUGUAGAUGGGAGAGGAACCGUAAUAUGGGCCGCGAAGGCUCUGCGCGCGGACGAUUUGAUGGAUUUAAAUGCCGCUGCCGCGUCGCUUGGUUUUUAAUCACAAGCCUGGGUUAGACGCGACGUAAUGAGUGUAUAUGUCACGAUAUAUGUUGGUUAUGGACGAGAUGGAAGGUGGAAGGCAUGUUGAAGAAAGGGAGGCUUUCGGAUUCUAGUCUACAUGGAAUGGAUACCCCUGGCCAAACUUGGCCAAUGACACGAAGAGACUUCUUUCUCAUGAGCGAUUGUUUUAUGGUGUGUGUCCUUGACAAGAACUGAUAGUAUCUCAAGUUAGCCGUCUGAAUUGAUCGUCAUUUUCACAUAAACGAAA